CACGUUCAACAUAUGCCUCAAGGGCACGUUGAGGGCCAGCAUUUCUAGAAGCCUGAAACACAUCUGUGGCAACAGCACAGCUGCAUUAGAGCUAUUUGAGCGUGUGUCUUUUGUGAGGGAGUGAUUCAGGCCAGUCUGACUGGAGCUCUGGGACUCCGCCACAGACAUGCACUGAGACCAGACCUGCUCCAACCUGGAUGGAUCAGAGACUACAGAGGCUGCAGAGGAAAUCAUCUCCACCGAAGUUGGAUGUUUUGGUUUGAGGCUUUGCUGGGAAUUGCCAUUGACUUUUGGAAGGUUGCAAUUACCAGACUGGAAUAAUGUCCAUGGACUGGCGUGGAGGUGAAAGGCUGCUUAUAGGCUUGUUUGUGAUCCUUAUCCUGAGGCUCAGCCACUGUGCUGGACAAAGCUAUGAACGCUGGGAGGCUGGGUCCUCAUGCUAUGGAGGGUUUGACCUUUACUUUGUGCUGGACAAGUCUGGAAGUGUACAGCACCACUGGAAUGAGAUCUACUACUUUGUUGAUCACCUUGCACACAAGUUCAUCAGCCCCCAGCUCCGUAUGUCCUUCAUAGUCUUUUCAACGGAGGGAAGGAUCUUGAUGAAACUGACAGAAGACAGGGAUCAGAUUCGUGCUGGGCUGGAGGAACUUCAGCGAGUCUUACCAGGUGGAGAUACCUUCAUGCACAAAGGUUUUCAGAGGGCAAGCGAGCAGAUAUACUACGGAACAGGUGACGGAUACCGCACAGCGAGUGUCAUCAUUGCUCUGACAGAUGGAGAAUUGCGCGAGAAUGAAUUUGACUUGGCAGCCAGAGAGGCUGGUCGUUCACGUCAGCUGGGAGCUUCCGUGUACUGUGUUGGAGUGAAAGACUUUAAUGAAACCCAGCUGGCAACAAUAGCUGACAGCAAAGAUCACGUCUUUCCUGUUAAUGAUGGCUUUGAAGCCCUGCAAGGGGUCAUUGAUUCGAUCCUGAAGAGAUCCUGUAUAGAGAUCCUCGCUGUGGAGCCCUCAAGUAUUUGUGCAGGAGAAUCCUUUGAGGUGGUAGUUCGAGGGAACGGAUUCCUUCAUGCCCGCGAUGUGAACAGAAUCCUUUGCAGCUUCCGUAUCAACAACACCCUCACCGUGAUGAAGAGGCCUCUGGUAGUUGAAGACACAUGCCUGCUCUGCCCAGCGCCUGUACUGAAGGAGGAGGGAACGACUGCCUCCCUCCAUGUCAGUAUGAACAACGGCCUGAGUUUUAUCUCCAGUUCUGUGACCAUCACGACUGUCAGCUGUACCGACGGAACGUUCUUGGCCAUAGCACUGCUGAUACUGCUGCUGCUGAUCACUAUGGCGACACUCUGGUGGUUUUGGCCCCUCUGUUGCACAGUGAUCGUCCAUGAGCCGCCGCCACCAGUCAUGGACUACAGUUCGGAUGAAGAGGAUGAAGCCUACCCAAAGAAGAAAUGGCCAACAGUGGACGCCUCGUAUUACGGUGGGAGAGGAGUUGGUGGCAUUAAAAGGAUGGAAGUGCGCUGGGGAGAUAAGGGAUCCACUGAUGAAGGAGCCAAACUGGAGAAGGCAAAGAAUGCUCGGGUGAAGAUGCCAGAGCAAGAGUUUGAGUUUCCGUCCACACGGACCCUAAACAACGGCAUGCGGAAACCCAUCUCCCCUCAGAAGUGGUACUCACCAAUCAAGGGGAAACUGGAUGCCUUGUGGGUGUGGCUUAGGAGAGGAUAUGACCGCGUGUCUGUGAUGAGACCUCAGCCGGGAGAGAAGGGUCGCUGUAUGAAAUUUACCCGUUUGAGAUCCUGCCCGCCCCCUCGAUACCCACUUUACAACAACCCCUUGAGCCACAUCUACAGCCUCCCCCAUAGCCGAUGCCCUCCUGUCCCGCAGGGCACCCUGCCGCCCACCCCGCUCUGCUCCACCCACUCUCCAACCUCCACCCUGCCCCCUUUGCCAUCAACCCCGCCCCCAACAUCCAUAACCCCUCCUCCUUACACACCACCUCCAACCAGAGCUCUUCCUCCUACCUGUCUGAAUAUCAAUGUGACUCUGCCUCCUUCUCCACCCACACCACCGCCACCAACAAGCUUCCUACCACCCUCGUCACCCAGCACCUUGCCUCCACCCCCUCAGGCGGUGCCGCCCGGACGAGCCCCGCCCCCUUCUCGUCCACCACCACACCCAGGCCCUGAGGAACCGCAGUGCUACCAGGACUGAGUAGGUCCAAGAGAUUUGCACAAAAAAAAAAAAAAAAAACUGCUGGUUAUGGCAGUGCAAAAAUUCAGUGCUGCAUUUUCCAGGCAUUAGAAAGGAGCAACAUGAUUAUUACAAAUGACAAUUGCUGAAGUUGGGAUUUAACGUGGCAGCGACUGUAUUAUUACACAAUUGAUGGAUAAUAAUAAUGAGAGGUUUGUUGACUUUCAAUAUAACCUUGCCAUGUUCUUUGUGAAAUGUUUUGUGGUUUUAAAUUAACAGAACAUCAAAGAGAGUCAGAGCAAAAGAAAGAGAUCAAAAUUAUAAACAUUUAAAUUUUUGAAUUAUUUAA